AUGAUGGAGAUGAUGAUGAAGAAGGAUGCUGAGACGGAGCAUACAUUUAAAAAUCAUGCUGCCACCAUCCACAAUCUUGAGGUACAGAAUCAACAAAUGGUUAAAGCACUGGAGAGCAGAAAUCAAGGGGGUUUACCAUCCACUACUGAGGAAAACCCCAGAGAUCACCUCAAGGCUAUUGAGUUGAGAAUUGAUAAACCACCUCCACCACUUCCUUUUGUGCCAAAGGUGCCAUUCCAACACAGAGUGAAGAAGCCGCAAGACACUUGCAAGUUUCACAAACUUCUUGAAACUUUCAAGAAGCUGCAGAUAAACAUCAGUCUGGCAUAUGCAUUGAGAGAGAUGCCGCACUAUGCGAAGUUUCUCAAGGAGAUCAUCACCAACAAGCGGAGUUGGGAUGCAGAGGGACCAGUACCAAUGACAGAAAAGUGCAGCUCAAUCAUAUUGAGUAACCUACCGACCAAGCUUAAGGAUCUAGGGAGUUUCACUAUCCCUUGCACUAUCGGUAACAUGCAAUCUCUAGCGGAUCACUCUCUGAAGAAGCCACAUGGGAUUGUGGAAGAUGUCUUAGUUAAAGUCAACAAAUUCAUAUUCCCCGUGGAAUUUGUUGUCCUUGACAAUGCUGCAGACAAGGAGUUCCCGAUGAUAUUAGGGCGACCAUUCAUGUACUCUGGGAGAGCACUUAUUGAUGUUCACGAUGGCAAGCUGACUUUGAGGAUUGGGGAUGAAAGCGUCGAGUUUGACAUGAGAAAGAUCACACGCCAUCUCAAUUCAGGAGGAGAAUUGGAAGAGAAACUAGCAGAAAACAAAGCCAUCAUGCCUUCUAUGCCGAGUAAAGAGGAAGAAGUUGAAGAGGAGGAGUACAUAGAGGAACCAGUCCUUGAACCGUUGUUAAAAAGCAAGCACAUUACUCCUUCCUCUUCAGAGAAGCCACCAAAAGUGGAACUCAAGAUCUUGCCUGCACAUUUGCGAUAUGCCUUCUUGGGAGCUGAUAGCACUUUACCAAUUAUCAUCAGCAACAAGCUCACCAAGAACAAGAGCAGAGGGUCAUUGAUGUAG